CAGGGGCAGCACAGGAAGUUCUGGUUCUUCCAGUUGCCCGGGAUUCCCAGUUUGAACGCUUCCUGGAAACGCUUUCUUCACCGCUUAUCUUGCGAAAUCUAGCGGGCCCUCCCUCCUCUCUCUGGCCUCUUAUACGAGCGAGAGGCGCCACCCGCAGCCCGGAGCUGUGAGCUGACCCCCGGCGCUCCCUGCUGCAGCUGCGCCUGACCGUGGCCGCCUCGCCUCAAAAGCACUUCCUAGCAGUUAUGGAAAAAACUUCUACAGAUGCAUUUCCUUUUACUAUGAAUUCUUCAGAAAAGCAAGAGACUGUAUGUAUUUUUGGAACUGGAGAUUUUGGAAGAUCACUGGCACUUAAAAUGCUCCAGUGUGGUUAUUCUAUUGUUUUUGGAAGUAGAAACCCCCAGAAGUCCAGUCUGCUGCCCAACGGUGCAGAGGUCUUGAGCUACUCAGAAGCGGCCCGGAAAUCAGACAUCAUAAUCAUAGCAGUCCACAGAGAGCAUUAUGGUUUUCUCACAGAACUAACUGAGGUGCUCAAAGGGAAAACAUUGGUCGACAUCAGCAAUAACCUCAAGAUCAAUCAGUAUCCAGAAUCUAAUGCCGAGUACCUUGCUCAGCUGGUGCCAGGUGCUCACGUAGUAAAAGCAUUUAACACCAUCUCAGCCUGGGCUCUCCAGUCUGGAGCACUGGAUGCAAGUCGGCAGGUGUUCGUCUGUGGAAAUGACAGCAAAGCCAAGCAAAGAGUAAUGGAUAUUGUUCGUACUCUUGGACUUACUCCACUGGAUCAAGGAUCUCUCAUGGCAGCCAAAGAAAUUGAAAACUACCCCCUGCAACUGUUUCCAAUGUGGAAGUUCCCCUUCUAUUUGUCUGCCUUUCUGUGUGUCUUCUUCUUUUUCUACUGUGUUAUAAGAGAUGUAAUCUACCCCUAUGUUAAUGGCGGGAAAGAUAGCACAUUUCGCAUGGCUAUUUCCAUUCCAAAUCGUGUCUUCCCAAUAGCAGCACUUACACUGCUUGCCUUGGUUUACCUCCCGGGCGUUAUUGCUGCCAUUCUGCAACUGUACCGAGGUACAAAAUACCGCCGAUUCCCAGACUGGCUUGACCAUUGGAUGCUUUGCAGAAAGCAGCUUGGCUUGGUGGCACUGGGAUUUGCCUCCCUUCACGUCCUCUACACACUAGUGAUUCCUAUUCGAUAUUAUGUACGAUGGACAAUGAAAAACAGAACCAUCACCCAGGCAACGGCAAAGAGAGAAGAUCCAUUUAGCACCUCUACUGCCUGGCUUAGUGAUUCAUACGUAGCUUUGGGAAUCCUUGGAUUUUUCCUGUUUGUACUCUUGGGAAUCACUUCCUUGCCAUCCGUUAGCAACACGGUCAACUGGAGAGAGUUCCGAUUUGUCCAGUCCAAACUGGGUUAUUUGACCCUGAUCUUAUGCACAGCCCACACCAUGGUGUAUGGUGGCAAGAGAUUCCUCAGUCCUUCGAGUCUCAUAUGGUACCUUCCUUCAGCCUACGUGAUAGCACUCAUCAUUCCCUGCAUCGUGCUGGUGAUCAAGUUCGUCCUCGUCCUGCCAUGUAUAGACAAGACCCUUACACGGAUCCGCCAGGGCUGGGAGAGGAAUGCGAAACCGACAUUGAAUGGAGAAAGAUAUUUAAAGCAAAGUUCAGUCCACCUGGACUCUGAACUGUAGUAGUGUAUAUUUAGAGAAGACUACGUAAUGGGAACAGUUAAGAAGCCAUUUUUCUCCCACCAUGACCUGAAGUUUGUUAACAGAGAAGGAGCUGUUGCCUGACUUUAAGAACUUGACAGAUAGGAAUAGAACACCAGUAAAUCUCAGGUUAGUGAUGAAUCUGUGUAGGUCCCUGCCUCUCUUUUUCCCAGAGGCAGCAGGGCUGAGGUCAUGGUUACCUUUGUGGUUUCACACUAAAAAGUUGUUUUGUCAUGGGCAACGUGCAUGACCUAAUGUCUUGCAAAAUCCAGGGGAAGUACGGCAACUUCCUUCUCUGGGUCAAGGGGCUGAGUGGAAUGAAAAAGAAAACAGUAAGAUGGUGGCCACUGAUAAAGGCUUUCUGAGGUAUGUCUGAAAAGGAGGACCAAUGAAGUGAAAGGAAUGAGAAUUUUUCUUAUUGUUCUUUGCAAGUGAAGGUGGUCAAAAAUAUUGCCAUAGUGAAUUCUGUAGUUAAAUGUGCUCUUUGAUUUUGCUUUUGCCAACAUGGAUGUGUACUGUGGAGAACCAUUGUAUAACACAACAAAUAAUUUCACAAUUUAUUGGAAGUAACCAUGGGUUGGAUAUAUGCAAGUCUAUUACUGUUGUCGUAAGAUCCUUCCUUUACAAGGAAUAAGUACACGGAAGAUUGAGUUACAAUUGAGAGAUAUCCACUUGGAUUUUCUCAGUGUACAACAAGCAAGGAAGGGUUGAUAAAACCCUUGCACGAAAAGUUCACAUAAACCAGAAUUUUAGACAGCAAGCUACAUAAAUUUUGUAAAGCUGCACUAUACUAGGUAUGUAUGAUUUAGAUAUUUUGGUAUGCUUUGUGAAUACUAUAUUCCAAAUAUUGGUCAAUACUAAUCAUCUAUGAAAUGAAUUUCUAGUAUAAAAAAAGUGUCUUCUCUAAUUCUCAAGGCUUAUAUAAUUUUAAGCAGUGACGUUAAAUGAAUAAUGAAAGUAUAAUUUUGACAAAUGCAUAGAUGAGAGAGAAUUAUGUAAAAUCUUAGGGUAGGGAGGCAUGAACAGUAGCUGAAAUAUAAGACUUGGUUCUUUCUCAAAUCUUUGUUGUAAUGCAGAUGGUUUGCUCUAUUUUUCCUGUGCUGAUAAUACCAUUUCCAAGAUGACUUUCCACAGGAUUAGCCUUCCUGGCUCAUACAUGAAGCUGAAAGGGGCCUUAGGCACCCACUUCCCACAAAAUGAAAUAACCCAAAGGCUUUGGGUUUGACAUUUUUCUGCCUACUCCAUUCUUUCUGUUUUAACUUUUAUUAUCAUAUAUUCUACAUGAUGCAAAAUGAUUAAAAUAUAUUAGAAUAUCA